UAGUGAAGGCGGAAGUGGCUGUGAUGGAGUGAUCCUGUUUGAGCUUGAUAUUGAUAACACCAUGCAGCCAGAUACAGACAAGAGCAGGGUACGACUUAAGAAACCAGACAUGGUCCUGUAUGUCCCAAGAGCAAGACGUGAGAUGGCAGUCUCAAAAAGUGGCACCUCCCUGGCCACCAAAUGUGGGAGGGAGAGUCACUGCUCCACAGGGAAGGAGAGCAUUAAAGUGUGUGAGACAGGACAAAGCCCUAAAGCUAGGAAAGGGCUGCUUCAGAAUCAUCAGGGAAGUGCUGGGUCUGCUAAGAAAGAGAGAAGAACUUUUUCCCAAGACUGGAGUCAUAAUGAUGCAUUCUGCCAAAGAAACACAGGCACAAAGGCUCAGGAAGAGAAGAGUCCAAAAUUCCAACAGAAGACCAAAUCACAUCAAUUGCUCUCUUCCUCCAGCUUGCUGGACCCACCUCUUACUGCAGUAAGUGAAACAGAGACAUGUGAGUGCUGUACUAUACGCUCUGCUAUCUCAGUGGAGAGAAUGGCAGAUCUCCAGCCAGAAGUUAGUAAUACAGACAGCUUGUGGGAAAAUGAGCAUACAUGUCCAGCAGAAAGGCAGGGCACUUUAUCUUUGCCAGAGGGUCACCACACUGGCAAGACCAAGUGGGCAGGAGUUCUAGCAGAAGAAGUAGAAUUGGGUGAAGGCGGUAUGCAGUAUUUUAGCAGUAAGACACUCUUGGAUCAGAAAGAACUAAGCGAAGAAAGCAAAUUGCUUUGCAAGAGUAAUAGAACAAAACCUUUAGGUAAAGGUGGUUCAGAAAUAACUGGAAUAAGUGAGAACAGUAUAGCUGAAAAUCCAGGCAAGAGGAUUCCAGGUAACAUAGAGAAAUAUAAGGAUAGUUCAUCAAGCUGUACAGAGGAGGGAAACUCUGAUUCAACAUACAUAAGUAACAGUAGUUUGCUGGAGCACAUUGGUAAAAGCAAUCUGUUUCCUACGGAGAUAACUAAGUAUAAUAGAGGUAAAUGUAUAGAACAGAGCAACUCCAGUCAAACAGCAGUGGGUGACAGUAGCAUCUUAGAAUAUGCUGUGGUAGGGCCAAAGGAAAGUGGUAGGGUUAAAGAUGCAAAGGAGAGUGUUCCUGCUUCAGCACAAGCAAGUGAGCAUGGUGACAAGAAUGAGAGUUGUAUCUCCCAUCCUUCAGUUAAACUUAUCUCUGAUCAGGCUGAAGUGAGCACAGAUAAUUUGUCUGCUUAUAGUAGUGGGAAUAUUUUCAUUCAGGCGGAGACACACAACUUAAUCGAGAAUACAGAGCAGUUCCCAGAUAAUUCAAGUGUGUCUAUAAGUUCUAGUUGUUCGGAUAGGACUUCUGGGAAGGUAGAAGAUCUACCCAAUUGUUUCUUUAAGGUAGCAGAGGAUGAAAUGCUACAGGCAUGUGAUGGUGAACGUGAGAAGGAGAAAAGCCUCUUUCAUGAAACUGGCCAGUAUAAAGUUGAUACACUGGAGGCAGAGGCUGCACCGACAGCAGGGAAAAGCACUUUGGACUUGGUUGAUCAGAGCACCGAAAGUAGAAGCAGUGUGGAACCAAGCAGUUCUUCUAAAGAGACGGCCAGCUGGUCGCUCAAGGGUGCCUCUGAGAAGAUGGCACAUUGUUCAGGAAGCAUAUUGGAGAGAAGAAGAGCACCCUUCACUGAUAACUCUGUGGAAAAGCCAACUUUGGGGGAACUGGGUAUGAGCUUGCAGUAUCCCUUUGAAGACAAAGGAGAAGAACCACCCACAGAUUGUGGACCAUCUAGUUCGGAAGAGACUACUAACACUGGCGCUGGUCCUGCAAGUCACAGUGACAGCAUGGCAGAUGAGAGCUGGGAUGCCCUGUUUAAUGAUGAUGGGGACUGCCUGGAUCCACAGUUACUGGAGGGGCUGUCUACCUGCACUCUCCAUGGCACAAGGCUACAGGAGCCGCAUUUUGAUUAUUACAACUAUUCUCCAGCUGAUCUGGACAUGAGUGACUCUGAGCUGCCACAUGUCAUUGAAAUCUAUGACUUCCCACCCGAAUUCCGCACUGAGGAUCUACUGUGUGUCUUCUGCCAUUACCAGAAAAAGGGCUUUGACAUUAAAUGGAUAGAUGACUCACAUGCUCUGGGUAUCUUCUCCAGUCCCAUCACAGCACGGGAUGCUCUCAAUACCAAACAUCUGAUGGUAAAAACCCGUCCCCUGUCACAAGCUACAAGAGCUGCAAGGACGAAAGCCAGAGCCUAUGCGGAAUUCCUGCAACCUGCCAAAGAGCGUCCUGAAACCUCAGCUGCGCUGGCCAGGAGACUGGUGACAGGUGCCCUUGGUGUGCGGAGCAAGCAGAGCAAGGCAGAACGCGAAGCUGAACGCAAGCAGUUACAGGCAGCUCGAGAGCGGAAGCUCUUAGAGGCCAAGCAAAAGGAAGAUGCCUGGGAAGGCCGUGAGUGAGUCAGCAGCCAGUGCAAGAAGAGGAAAGUCGAUCAGACCUGCUUGAAAACCUCACUGGAGUGGAACUGAGACUCUGACAAAUGGGCACUUUGUGCUUGCAGCAUUGAAGGAAUCUACCAUCCCCUUUGGGGUGAGCAAUAAGAUGUGGGGAGUUGUGGGUGCAUGGAGUAACCAGAUAUGCCAGGAUAGGAUAUGUGAACCCAAGCUACUGAGUUGACUGGAAGGCCCUGAAAGAGUGGGACUGGAGUCUGGAGUACCUCAGGAAGAGCUGUUAUACUGCUAACACUCCUGCCAGUGCUGUUCUGUAUACCAUAGAAUGUAACUCAAAUGCACAUGCCAUGUUAGUCUAAGGCAGCAAGGAAGUCUGUGCUCUGGGUCACUGAGUCAUGUUGUGCUCAGUGGGUUGGGACUGAACUGUGACAGCUUUUAGAUCAGGCCCACUAGGAUGGCCUGGUGCCCAAUGCUGAGUUUGCUAUUAAAGUUGAUUUGAUUUUA